AUGACAAUGACAAACAAAAAAUUGAAAAUAGGUAUCGUUUGUUUUUCUUUUUUGGGUGGUUCAGGUGUUGUUGCUACAGAACUUGGUAAAUUAUUAGCUGAAAAUGGACAUCAAAUUCAUUUCAUUGCACAUGAUAUACCGUUUCGUCUGGACAUUUCUUCUACAAAUAUUUUUUAUCAUGCUAUCAAAAUAAAUAAUUAUCAUACUUUUCGAUAUCCAUUAUACGAUUUAGUACUUGCAAAUAAAAUAGCACAAGUAGCUAAGAUGGAGCAACUCAAUAUUUUACACGUACAUUAUGCUAUACCUCACGCAAUUUGUGCAAUUCUAGCUAGACAAAUAGUCGGUGAUCAUUUGAAAAUAGUUACAACUUUACAUGGUACCGAUAUUACUAUGUUAGCCCAUGAUGAAACAUUGAAAGAUUUGGUAAAAUUAUCUAUUGAUCAAAGUGACGCUGUAACGGCCGUCUCAAAAUAUUUAAUUCAAGAAGCUCAAAUAUUAUUGAAAACUACAUGUGAUAUCGAUUUGACGUAUAAUUUUUAUAAUGAACAUAUAUUCUAUCCAAAAGAUACAGAUGACUUGCGUAAAAGUUUAGGUAUUGAAGAAGAUCAAGUGUUAACACAUAUUUCCAAUUUUCGACCGGUUAAACGUGUCUCUGAUGUUAUCGAUAUUUUUCUACUUGUAAAUAAAGAAGUUCCGUCGACAAGACUAAUAUUUGUUGGUGAUGGACCAGAUAUAUCUGAAGUACAAAGGCGAGUACAUGAAUUAAAGUUGUAUCAACGUGUUCAUUUUCUCGGAAAGCAAGCUGAUGUAUCACAUAUCAUGUCAUUGACUAAUGUUUUACUAUUACCAUCGGAACAAGAAAGUUUUGGAUUAGUCGCACUCGAAGCAAUGGCAUGUGGUGUGCCUACUGUUGGAUCAAAUGUAGGUGGAGUUCCAGAAUUAGUUAUUCAUGGAGACACAGGUUUUCUUGCACCUAUUGGAGAUACGAAGACAAUGGCAGAAUAUACCAAACGUUUACUAACAGACAAGUCACUAUCGGAUCAAAUGAUGCAUCAAUGUUUAAAGCGAGCAAGGGCAAAUUUUACCGGUAUUCACAUCAGGUCAAACUAUGAACAAAUUUAUUACCGUGUUUUAAAUUCAAAAUUAUCUGAAGGAUGA